AUAAUUGCACUGAACUGGGCACACAAAAACUGCCAUAUAUGUCACAAUAUACUGAAAAAGAGCCAGCAGUAAUGGAUCAAGAAUCCAGCAAGGCUGCCUGGCCCAAACCAGCAGGAGGAUAUCAGACAAUCACAGGCAGGAGAUAUGGAAGAAGACAUGCAUAUGUCAGUUUUAAACCAUGUAUGACCAGGCAUGAAAGAAGUUUAGGUCGGGCUGGUGAUGACUAUGAAGUGUUGGAACUAGAUGAUGUUCCAAAGGAAAAUUCCUCAGGUUCCAGUCCAUUGGAUCAAGUUCAUUCUUCUUUACCCAACGACCCUUCGUUUGAAAAAAGUGAAACAGAAAUUCCCAUUUGUGAUACAACAUUAAAUCAAACCAUUGAGAGCAGUCCAUCCUUUGCUGCAGUACAUCAUAGUGAGGAAGGCAGGGAGACUUUAGGAAGCAGUACAAAUCUUCAUAAUCACCCUGAGGGAGAAUAUACUCCAGAAGCUUGUGAUGCUUCAAGUGUACAAAAUGGAAUGUCAUUGGUUCAUACUGACUCUUACGACCCAGAUGGUACACACAGAGAGGCCAAUGACCGUCUUCAGCUUUCUGCAGAAGUUGUGGAAGGUGGUGGAUAUCAGGAAGCACUGAGCAAUACAGUAUUUGAGUUGGCAAAUGGAGAGGUAGAGGCAUACACUGGUCUUUCACCACCAGUUCCCUCUUUUAACUGUGAAGUAAGAGAUGAAUUUGAAGAGUUAGAUUCAGCACCGUUAGUCAAAAGUUCUACUGGUGAUACUGAGUUUGUCAAUCAGAGCAAUCAGGAAUUUCAGAGCUCCUCUUCUGAAGAUGACGUUGUUAGAAACAAACAAGAAAAUAAUACUAGCCAGGAGAGUCAGAGAGAAAAUGCAACUGAAGAUUCAGUGUGUGCUCCUGGGCAUAUUUGCAGUGAACAAAAUACUAGUGAUAAGAACAAGAACCAGGGAAGUUCUCCUGAACAGGUAGUGAGACCCAAAGUUAGGAAAUUGAUAAGUUCAAGCCAGGUGGACCAAGAAACAGGUUUUAAUAGGCAUGAGGCUAAACAAAGAAGUGUUCAGAGGUGGAGGGAGGCUUUGGAAGUUGAGGAAAAUGGCUCAGAUGACCUCUUAAUAAAAUGUGAUGACUACGAUGGAGAACAUGACUGCAUGUUCUUGGAUCCACCUUACUCAAGAGUUACACACAGGGAAACAGAACAUAACCAAAUUACAGCAGAAAGUGGAGCCACAGCAGGAAGGCAAGAAGUUGUGGAUAACACCUUUUGGAAUGGUUGUGGAGAUUAUUACCAACUGUAUGACAAAGAUGAAGAUAGUUCAGAAUGCAGUGAUGGAGAGUGGUCUGCUUCUUUGCCUCAUCGAUUUUCUGGUACUGAAAAAGAUCAGUCGUCAAGUGAUGAAAGCUGGGAGACUUUGCCAGGAAAAGAUGAGAAUGAACCUGAACUACAGAGUGAUAGCAGUGGUCCUGAAGAAGAAAACCAAGAAUUAUCUCUUCAGGAAGGGGAACAGACAUCCUUGGAAGAGGGAGAAAUUCCUUGGUUACAGUACAAUGAAGUCAAUGAAAGCAGCAGUGAUGAGGGAAAUGAGCCUGCCAAUGAAUUUGCACAGCCAGAAGCUUUCAUGCUGGAUGGUAACAAUAACCUUGAGGAUGACUCCAGUGUGAGUGAAGACUUAGAUGUGGACUGGAGCCUGUUUGACGGCUUUGCAGAUGGACUAGGAGUUGCUGAAGCUAUUUCCUAUGUGGAUCCUCAGUUCCUCACCUACAUGGCUCUAGAAGAACGCUUAGCUCAGGCUAUGGAGACUGCACUGGCACAUUUAGAGUCUCUUGCAGUGGAUGUUGAGGUGGCUAAUCCACCAGCCAGUAAGGAAAGCAUUGAUGGCCUUCCAGAGACCCUUGUUCUUGAAGACCAUACUGCAAUUGGUCAGGAGCAGUGCUGUCCAAUCUGUUGCAGUGAGUAUAUUAAGGAUGAUAUAGCAACAGAGCUACCCUGCCACCAUUUCUUUCACAAACCUUGUGUCUCAAUUUGGCUACAGAAGUCCGGAACAUGCCCCGUGUGCCGCCGCCAUUUCCCACCUGCCGUCAUCGAAGCAUCUGCCUCUGCUUCCUCCGAGCCUGACCAGGAUGCCCCACCUUCAAACGACAGUUCUGCGGAAGCCCCCUAAAUCUCAACACUUGAAUGAGAUCAUUCUAUCAAAGUAAAUCUGCAAAUUCCUUCUAAAUCUGAUGUGCAAAUAAUUAUAUAUAAAUAAAUUUAAA